AGAUUUCAUUUUUCUCCUGAACAAAUCAAAUACAGAAAUUUGUAAUCAACAGCUCCUUGAUUUUCUGCUCAGAAUCUCCCUUCUUUCCUCACCCAUCAAUGGAUUCAGAGCGGCCAUCUCCGGUCAUCGCUGCCGCCUUCUGUUUGCUUCUGGUCGGAACUCAAAUUUCUAAAUCGUCCGCUUUGGUUGCCGCCCCAGAUUCCAAUCCUCCCUAUCCAAAAGCUAUUUCCGAUUUGAAAGAAGCGAUUGUGAAGGGAUUAGGGCUCCAAGCUGAUGAUUUUAAGAUAUCCGGAUUCGAUUUGAGGGAUGCUCUGGUGGGGAGAUCAGUAGCAUAUGAAUUCGACGUGGAGAUUGAGAAUAAAGUUCUUCCCUUGAAGCUCUUGGAGGAUGUCAACAGAUGGGAGUACGUAGAUUUACCCAUUUUCCAAAUGGAAAAUUCGGCUAGGCCGGGAGAGGAAAAUGUGCUGUUGGAGAGACGAAAGGUUGAUGAUCAGAUGCCCGUGCUUGCGCCGUUCCAGUUGGCAGGUCCGAUGGAACUGUGGAUUCAGGAUGCCAAGGACAUGAGGAUAUCGUUGCCUCACGACGUGGAUGCUGGUGUGCUUAAGAAGGUGAUCCUAGCAGAUGGUGCUGUUGUUACAGUUAAGGGGGCUAGAUCAGUUAGCCUGCGCCAUCCGGUUGAGCUUCCACUUCCACUGAAUGUUACAAACAACGGUUUUGCCACAGGCCUCAUAUCUUUGGCAGAGCGCUUCCAAGAUGCUGCACGCUCCCAAGAAGAUGGUCCUCUCCUUUCCCUUCGUAUAGUUGGCCCCACAUCGCUCACAUCCCCUGCCCCAUCAUCACCCUCUUCCAGCAACCGCCUCAAGCUCAAGCGCCUUGCGCCUGGCCUGGUGGAGCUGUCCUCUGCUUCAAAGAAGAGAGACGUGGGAAGUGAUGCCAUAUCUGCCCUUGAUCUCCAAGGAGACGCCACGGCCCUUCUUGCACCCGACCAUUUUAGCACACUGUGGCCCGUUGUGUCCAUCAACGGCUCAAACUCCAACUUGCUUGGUUUUGAGGCACUGUUAUCGUCUCUGCUGGGUCCCAGAGCGAACAAGGAGGGGUCUUUCAAGCUGUUGAAGGCGGAUGUGUCUGCUCAGACUUUUGUGAAGAUAGGUUUUGAAGUCGAGAAGAGGCUGAAAGAGGGCGAUGUGGCUGGCAUCCCUGAAUGGAGGACGAAGCCUUCGACUGUGAGGAUGCACUUUGAGGUGCUGGCCAAGGUUGAUGGGAACAGGAUUGUCCCGGAGAGGGUGGUGCAGGUUAAUCCUUUGAUAGCAGAGGAUUCUGUGGCGCAGAGCGCGCUCUUGGGCAACAUUACUAUGUCGAAGAUGCCUAUAGUCCACCAGCCUCCAAAUCCAUUUAUGUUGUGAACUAUUGUGGAGGAUCUUGAUGUAAUGGAGGAGGAUGAGGAAAGUGUAAGAUAUUGUAGACAUUUUUGUUCCUUUUAUAUGUAGUAUAGCCAAUAUAGUUACACCAUACACCAUACACCAAAAAGCCAUGAGUGAUGUGGUUCAUGAAUUCGUAUAAGCGAAUAUAGUUGUCUCAUUCACUUCUA